AUGUUCUUCCUCCUUGAUGCUGAACCCUCCUGUGACUGGGUCGGCCUCAUUGCAACGUUCAAUAAAGCCUUCUCGCCUGAAUCGUCGGACGCUGAUGUACAGGCCUUUCGCUACCACUUCAGCCAACUUAUUGCCGACCCAACGCGUACUGAGAAGUUUUUGCAGGAGAUGUGGAGACCCCGACGGGAGACACCUCUGAUCACUCUGGCCGACAUUUCGCGUGCUGUCAUCGCCUGCCUUCCGCUCACCAUAUUUGACAAAGUAAGCAUCCGUUAUUGCAAUCUUGACUUGCUACUUUGUUGCUGUUGUUCGCCAUAA